GAGUUAACGGUCAUUUAGUACUAUGCAAUCAACAUCGUAGUGAACAUAAUGUUUACAUAUAACUGGAAUAAAUGUAAUUUAACUAAUUUUAGUGUAUUUUACGAAAUUCAAUAAAAUUUAAUUUUUUUUUUUAUAAGUGGUGUUUAAUGUUUAUAAAUAGUGCCACACGUGAUAACUACAAAAACAAAUUAUACAAAUUAAAUAAUCACUACGAUGGUGCCAUAUCGUUGCUGUUGCGGCGGCGGCGGGUUGAUUUCGACGUUGAUAGCGGCGGUCCUCGUGUGCACGGUCGCAGGGACAAUGAACGUCGAGUACAGCUGGGUGUACGUUGACUACACAUUCGCCAGCCCCAAUCACCGGGAAUCAGCCAUAAAUUCCGGAAAGUUCAUUCCGGAAAACUGUGUCAUACUGGACGUGGACAAAUAUCAUGGUACAUCUGAAGGAAAAUUAUAUUUUAAUAUGGGUUCGAAUUCAAAUGCCGCUUCCAAACAACGAGUGUUCGUCACUAUUCCUCGUAUCAAGCCUGGAAAUCCUGCAUCGCUCGCAGAAAUAGUUCCAGGGGAUCGCGCUAACUCCGUACUAUUAGCGCCCUACCCGAAUUGGAAGGCUAACACUAUUUCGGAAGACACGGUCAAUUGCGACGAUACAAUCGUUUCCGUAUUUAGAACCAAAAUUGACCAUCUCGGUCGAUUUUGGGUUGUUGAUGUCGGCACAUUGGACCAAUUUGAGAUGACAGCUCGCUCCGUGUGCCCUCCGAAAAUUUUAAUAUUUGACUUGAAAAAUGGCGAUAGAGUUCUAAAAACAUAUAAAUUUCCAUCGUCGCAGGUAAAAGACGUUUCAUUGUUUACUAACAUCGAAGUCGAUAUCAGAGAUUCAAAGGGCCGUAAUACAUAUGCUUAUAUAGCUGAUACUACUGCGUAUAAACUUAUCGUAUACGAUUUUAAAAAUGACGAAAGUUGGGCGGUAGAUCAAGCAUAUUUCUACCCUUAUCCAAAUAAAGCUCAUUUUAAAAUCAAAGGAGUUAACUUCGACUUAAUGGAUGGAGUACUAGGAUUAGCCUUGGGUCCUAUAACAAAAAACGAUCGAAAAUUGUAUUUCCAUGCAUUCGCUAGCACUAGGGAAUCGUGGGUGCAUACCAAUACAUUACAAAAUAAAUCGCUUUUUCAAAAUGGUUUAAUCGACGGUUCCGGUACAUUCUUUUUAUCCUCGGAAGUCAGAGAAACCCAAUCUAGUGUGGAAGUGAUGACAGACAAUGGAGUACUUAUAUACGCAUCGAUGGACAAUAGUUUAGGUUGCUGGAACAGCCAGGACUCGUUCACAACAAAAAACAUCCACACGAUAUAUAAGAGUGACGAAGAUUUUCAAUUCCCCAGUGGUAUGAAAAUUGUGGGUGACAAAUUGUGGGCAGUGUCAUGCCAACUUCAAAAUCAUUUUACAACUAUGGUCACGAACCGUAAAUCGGUCAAAUACAGGGUGCUGGUUGGUCGAGUUGACGAUUUGAUAAAACGCACAGGAUGCGAUAAGAGGUCGGCAAAUGUCGAUAUAAAAUUGCAAUCUAAUGUACAAAAUCUUGACCCCACAAAAGAUCGCUUAGUAUUUAAUAAUUAAAAGAAGUAAACACGGUAAAAGGGAUGCUUGCUUUUAUGUUUAUUUAAAAUAUUAAAAAUUUAGUAUGUUAUUUAUAUAUUAGCUGACGUAGUUUUACACUUUAAUUUGUGAUUACUGUGAAAAAUUGGUACACGAUUACAUGCAUAUUUGCACAAAAUUAUUUAACCUUGACACAAUUAUGUAUUUAAAUGAAUCACAUUUUUUUUUUUAGUAGAAUUUAUAUAAUAACUAACAAACCUUAAAAUGUUUCAAGGACUAACAAAAUUAUUCUUACGUAUCAAUAGACAAAUUAUAUGAACUAUUAUAGUAUUAAUUAUUUAUAAAUUAUAAUCAAUAAAAUGUAUAUAUAAUAUAUAUAUUUAAUUUUUUAAUUUAUUUAAAAUAUUUUUCUGUAAAUAUAAUAAUAUGUUGUAUUACAGACUACAGUU